UUAACCAAACACAAAAUGAAUACGGGUGGUAGUGGUGAAACGUCCUGUAAUCAAGAGAGACAAAGAGAUAGAGAGAGAAUAUGGGGGUGUUGCUGCCUUAUCUCUCAUCCACACUCUACUCUUCACUCUUUUCCCAGCUCUCUCUUACCUCCAGAAACUCGCGUUCCAACUUUAAUUCAAAGUCGGUUGGAUUGCGAGUGAGAUCGAGUUUGGAGGAUGAGAAUUCCGGUACAGGUACUGGAGCUUCGGAUAGUUCGUCGGACACUAGCAGCUUAAAGGAUGAUCAAGUUGUAACUUCUCGGCGACUUUGUGUUGCGUGUUUAUGCUCAUCUAUAGCUUUGAUAAGCCCCUCUGGUAAGUCUCUGUCCAGACAAGAGGCUAUUGCUGCUGAAGGAAAUUUGAGGGCAGCCUGCCGUAAUUGUGGCGGUAGUGGUGCUAUCAUAUGUGAUAUGUGUGGUGGUACAGGAAAAUGGAAGGCUUUAAAUAGAAAGCGUGCUAAAGAUGUAUAUGAGUUUACAGAAUGUCCUAAUUGUUAUGGUAGAGGAAAACUCGUUUGCCCUGUCUGCUUGGGUACUGGCUUGCCAAAUAACAAAGGACUUUUGAGAAGGCCCGAAGCAAAGCAGUUGCUGGAUAAGAUGUAUAAUGGUCGGUUAUUGCCAGGUUCUUAAAAAUGCAGAUUCUCAUAUCAUAUGCAACCUGAACCUGUAUACUGCAAAAGAACACUACAAUACCUGAAAUUUUGUGGUAGUAUAUAUAUUUCAUGAUAUGAAUAUCAUCUUCAUACUUGACUAAUUGUUGGCGGCAAAGCAGCUUGGUGUGUAGAGAGGAGUCCCAGAUUAGUAUGCAUGCCAGAUUUGUACCAUAUGAUGUAUGAGCUUUUGAGAUGUAGGGUGCCUCUAAAUGUGGAUCAUACUUUACGUAACUAUCCCAGAUUAGCAUGCACACCAGAUUUUGCAAGUAUGAGAUGACAUUGUAAAUGGAGAGUUCAGGUUGCUUUCAAUCAUAUAUAAUGGUACAUACCGGCUGUCCCUUGUUACAUAUGGUCUUAGGUUUACAUAUGGCCGAUAUUACAAACUUGCUGCUCUUUGGAAAAUCCAACCUGUUCUUAGUUAUACAAUCUGACUGUCGUUUUGAAUGAAUGUAUCCUUCACAGUA